AUGGAUUCACCCCAGGCAGCGCGCUCCUGCUACUACCUCGUCUCAUCACUCGUGGCUCGCGAGGGCGCCAGCGCGCUAGCCAUGGUUGCCACGGGGGGCGACGGUGGGCCUGGAGCGUACACCAGUGACGAGGUCACCGGCCCUCCCAAAUCCUCUCUCCCGAUUCCCUUGCUCUCCUCACAAUCCCUCCCCACUCUCCCUCCUCACCAUCCCUCCUCACAACCUCUCCCCUUCCCCCGUUCCCUCUCUGCUAAUCCCUCCCCUCCCCGUCCCCCCCAACGCACAGUCGACCCUGUGAGCGGCAUAGCGGACGCAGCGCGUCGACCCUGUGAGCGGCAUAGCAGACGCAGCGUGGUCGUCGACCCCGUGAGCGGCAUAGCGGACGCAGCGCGGUCAGCCAAGGGGGGGGGGGAAGCAUCGAAACAACCACCGCAGCAGCAAGGGGGGCAGGGGGGAGACCAGGCGCUAGUGGGGGGGCCAGCGGCUGCGGAUUCCCCCUUUGCGUCUACAGCUGCUCCGGGGAUCAUCUUCCCCACGAUGAUAACGGUGUGUCUGGCGUUUGCGGUGUUCUUCGCCACGCCCACGCAGCUGGACAUACGCGUCAGCACCACCGUCACGCUCUUCCUCGCACUCAUCGCCGUGCAGUUUGUCAUCGAGGAGCAGCUACCCAAGACAUCGUACGUGACGGCGUUUGGGCAGCUGGUGCUGGUCUCAUACGCCACCAUUGUGCUCGUCAUCCUAGAGUGCCUCCUCGUCUUCUACCUCACCUCCAUGGAGGAGGUUCGUUUCCUGCAGGGCAAGCUGCCUCAUGCACACGACAACGCAGACGGCGACGACGAUGAUGAUAAUGAGGCUGGUACAAGGGGUGGUGGGUCCCUAAGCCGGCGCAGCUGCAGGCACAACAAGCACAGGGCCUACGGAAACGACGACGGCGACGAUUGCGACGAUUGCGAUGAUUACGAUGAUGAUGCUAAUGCUUACCAGAAGUAUGGUAGCAACAGUGGCAGCAGUCAGCGCCUGAGUGAUUUCAGCUACGGUUUCUCCCACCCGCACCACCGCUCCGGUCCCCGAGCCUCCUCCUCCUCACGCUCGCUCCGCGCCGCCCGAACCUCCUCCUCCGCCUGCUCCUCAUCCCGCUUUGCCCCGCGCCACUCCAACCGCAUGUCUACUGGUGGUGCUGGUGCUGCUGCUGCUGCUGCUGCUGCUGCUGGUGCUGCUGGUGCCUCAAUGGGCGUGUCGCUGUGCUGCGGUGGCGGCUGCUGCAACACACCGUCAACUCAAAGCCGAGCUUCCUCCUCCCUUGGUCUCCUAGAUCCUGCUGCCUCUGGAAUGGACGACAGAUGCGAAUGCUGUCUUUCUGAUGCUCCUACUCCUGCUGCUGCUGCGGGCGCUGUGCUGAGUGCUCCCACUCCUGCUUCGUCUGCUGCGCUCGCUGCGGCCAUUUCUUCUCACACGCCAUCGGCCCCUCCAGCUGAUUACUUCCAUACAGAACCGCGCGCUACCACUGCAGGCAACACUGGCGGCACUGGCCGCACUGGCCGCAACGGCUGCAGCAACAACUGCGGCAGCAACUGCAGCAGCGGGAACGAAUCAGACGGCGACAGCGAGGACGGCAUAGACGGAGAGGAUCCAAUGGCUCAGGUGGUAGAUGAGGGCGCAAGAGCACGCGCUGCCAGCAAAGCAGCAGCGCUCUGGACAGUCGGGUCGGCGUGCGGGUCGAUGCGGAGAGAGGGAGCGGAGGACGACGGAGAAACGGGGGUGGAUGGGAGGGUGGGAGGAGGCGGCGGUGCCAGCGCGGGUGUCACCACGGCCAGGGACUUUUAUACAGGAGUUGCUGUGGCUGGGGCUGGGAGUGCAGCUGGAGCACUUGCUGGCGCUGGGGCUCCUGGUGAGCCAGCCACACCAACGGCCUUCACCACUCUCACUUCCAGCCCCUAA